AUGCGUGAAACAGCAGACGAGAUAGAUCGAGGGGCACAUUUAUUAUACAUUAUGGCAAAGACAUAUUACGAUGUGAGCAGUCAAUAUAUGUUAAAUCAAAUUGCAGGAAUCACUGGACUUUCAGUAACACAAACAGAUAGUGAACGAGAAGCUAAAUUAAAAAUGCUUGCUCAGGAAACGUUAUCAACAUCAGCAAAGGUUUCACGAAUGGCAUUAGAACGAAAACAACAAUACGAACAACGAAACCGUGCACGACAAGAGGAAUACAAUAGAUUCAUUCAACAAAUCACUUUGAAUGAAUUAGAAUCAGGCGUCGGAAAAUAA